AGACCUUUCGCCCCAGAUGCUCUCGGAGAUGAGGGAGACAAACCAGGUUCUCCGGCAGAUCACAGAACUGCUGAAACAGCAGAUCAAGGAGCUCACCUUCUUGAAGAACACGGUGAUGGAGUGCGAUGCUUGUGGGAUCGGUACAGGAGCGACUGGCCCCGGCAUCAGCGUGGCGGCUCUUAAUCGCUGCUACCCGAAUCCUUGCUUCCCCGGCGUCACAUGCACAGACACCCCCACCGGCUACCGCUGUGGGGCCUGUCCUCUGGGCUACACGGGCAACGGGACCCACUGCACUGACAUCGACGAGUGUGCAGCGAACCCCUGCUUCCCCAGAGUCCAGUGCGUCAACACAGCCCCCGGCUUCCACUGCAACCCCUGCCCUCCCGGCUACACUGGCCCCAUACUGGAAGGAGUCGGUCUGGCUUUCGCCAGGGCAAACAAGCAGGUCUGCAAUGAUGUCAACGAGUGUGAGACAGGGAUGGGCAGAUCCUGUGUCCCCAAUUCCAUCUGCAUCAACACUCGGGGCUCCUACAAGUGUGGGGCGUGCAAGCCUGGCUUCACAGGGGACCAAGUUUCCGGCUGCCGCAGCAAGAUGGAGAGAAGGUGUCCCAAUGGAGAUCUCAGCCCCUGUCACGAGAAAGCGGACUGCAUUGUGGAACGCGAUGGAACACUCAGCUGUGUGUGCAUGGUUGGGUGGGCCGGUAAUGGCUUCAUCUGCGGCAAAGACUCCGACAUUGACGGCUUUCCUGAUGAGAAGCUUCGCUGCACAGAUAAGAAGUGCCGCAAGGAUAACUGUGUGACGGUCCCCAACUCCGGGCAAGAGGAUGCGGACAGAGAUGGAAUAGGAGACGCCUGCGAUGACGACGCAGACGGCGAUGGGAUAAUAAACACUGAGGACAACUGUGUGUUUGUGCGCAACUCAGACCAGCGCAACAGCGACCAGGACAGCUUUGGUGACGCCUGUGACAACUGCCGGAACGUGAAGAACAACGACCAGCGAGACAGUGAUGGAGACGGCCGGGGGGACUUGUGUGACGAUGACAUGGACGGAGACAAGGUUAAAAAUGUCCUGGACAACUGCGUGAGGACCCCCAAUCCAGACCAGAGGGACAGCGACGGUGACGGGGUUGGAGACGUUUGCGACAGCUGCCCCUUGAUCAGCAACCCGGACCAGAAAGACACUGACCACGAUCUCGUCGGGGACCUGUGUGAUACCAACCAAGACCGAGAUGGGGACGGCCACCAGGACUCCAGGGACAACUGCCCCUCGGUGCCCAACAGCUCCCAGCUGGACUCUGACCAGGACGGGAUCGGGGACGAGUGCGACGAGGACGACGACAACGAUGGCAUCCCUGACCGCAGGCCCCCCGGACCAGACAACUGCCGCUUGGUCCCUAACCCUGGGCAGGAAGACACAGACAGAGACGGCACUGGGGACGCCUGCCAGGGCGACUUUGAUAAGGACCUGGUGGUCGACCGCAUAGACGUCUGCCCAGAGAAUGCCCAGGUGACGCUGACUGACUUCCGGGCGUUUCAGACGGUGGUGCUGGAUCCCGAGGGAGAUGCGCAGAUUGAUCCCAACUGGAUCGUCCUCAACCAGGGAAUGGAGAUUGUUCAGACCAUGAACAGCGACCCAGGUUUGGCAGUCGGGUACACCGCAUUCAACGGGGUGGACUUCGAGGGCACCUUCCACGUGAACACGGCCACGGACGACGACUACGCCGGCUUCAUCUUUGGAUACCAGGACAGCGCCAGCUUCUACGUGGUCAUGUGGAAGCAGAUGGAGCAGACCUACUGGCAGGCGAACCCCUUCCGGGCUGUGGCGGAACCGGGGAUCCAGCUCAAGGCAGUGAAGUCCAAGACGGGCCCUGGUGAAUACCUCCGCAACUCCCUCUGGCACACUGGGGACACGGCCAACCAGGUCAAGCUGCUCUGGAAAGACCCUCGCAACGUCGGCUGGAAGGACAAGACCUCCUACCGCUGGUUCCUGCAGCACCGGCCCCAGGUGGGCUACAUCCGGGCGCGCUUCUACGAGGGCCCUGAGCUGGUGGCCGACACAGGCGUUGUCCUCGACACCACGAUGAGAGGCGGGCGCCUGGGGGUCUUCUGUUUCUCCCAGGAGAACAUCAUCUGGUCCAACCUGCGGUAUCGCUGCAACGACACGAUCCCAGAGGACUACGAAUCUUACCGGAACCAGCAAGACUACUAAGCGCCUUUUAGGGUUGGCCCGAGACUCACAUACUCACCCCUCUGCUUUCUGCUCUUUUUACGAUAUAUCAGAUUAUGGACAGUCCUGCAAAACCUUGCAGCAGCCGCCCAGCCGCCCUCUGGCAUCGCUGCGCCUCCCUUUCCCUAGUAACCGGAAGCCCCCUUAGAAUCCCUCACUGGCCACGAAUCUGCUGAAUGUUCUGCACCAUGCAGAAGAGCAAAAGCUAAUCCAGCUGUUCCAGCGGAGGCGCUUGAGAACAUGGAGGGGAGAGGCUGGCCAGGAGAAGCUCCCCAAGCACUCG